AUGCAGCAACCGGCCGAGAAACAAAAACUUGGUCAUCGUCGUAUCGAUGAGCAAGGAGAGGUCAGUUACAAGAAGGUGCCCACGAAUGCGCUUAUGAGCGCAAUUCAGCUGGGCAUCGCCAACUCCAUCGGUAGCCUCGCAUCUCGGCCCGAUCGAGACCUGUUAUUGCAGGACUUCCAGAAGAUCGAGAACGUAGCAUUUCCCGCUGCUGGCUCCGCUACGACACCAUCGCACUCGUUUGGUGAUUUUCGCUUCAAAACCUAUGCACCGAUUGCAUUUCGCUACUUCAGGGAACUGUUCAAUAUUAAGCCAGCUGAUUUUUUGAGGUCUACAUGUACGGAGCCAUUGAGAGAAUUGUCGAAUGCUGGUGCAUCUGGAUCGAUUUUCUAUGUUUCACAAGAUGAUCAAUUUAUUAUCAAAACAGUACAGCACAAAGAGGCUGAAUUUUUACAAAAAUUAUUGCCCGGGUACUACAUGAAUCUCCAACAAAAUCCAAAGACCUUGUUGCCAAAGUUUUUCGGGUUGUUUUGUUACCAGAGUUUGGGAAAGAAUAUUCGCUUAUUAGUAAUGAAUAAUUUGCUACCACAAAAUGUAACUAUGCAUGAGAAAUAUGAUCUCAAAGGGUCAACUUACAAACGUUUAGCAUCGAAAUCUGAACGGGCAAAGGCUUCCCCAACCUUGAAAGAUCUGGAUUUCAUAGAAAAUCAUCCCAAUGAAGGUCUCUCAAUGGAUCCCAUCUCAUAUGACAGUCUUAUACGAACGAUUAGCCGAGAUUGCUUGGUCUUAGAAAGUUUCAAAAUUAUGGAUUACUCCUUGCUAGUGGGUAUACACAACGUGGAAUUAACAUCAACCGGCGACCGAAAUCGUACUCAGCCCGUACGGCAGGAAAGUGAGGAUGAAUUGGAACAGGUCGACGAUUUGCCAAGCACGAGUAGAGGCGAGACUGAAACUCGAAGACGGCCACUGCAGUCGAAGUUUUCUGUGUGGGACCAAUCUGAGUUUGAAGGCUCUGUCCCACCUGGUGGAGUACCAGCGCGAAAUUCAAAUGGUGAUAGGUUAAUUUUAUUUCUUGGUAUUAUUGACAUUUUGCAAAAUUACCGGUUGCUAAAGAAGAUGGAGCAUACGUGGAAAGCGAUUUUGCAUGAUGGGGAUUCCAUUUCCGUCCACAAUCCCAACUUCUACGCUCAACGAUUUCUGUCAUUCAUGACGGAACACGUUUUCAAGAAAGGGCCAGGUAUAAUAUUUUCAGUUUGCAUGUGGCUAUGA